UAUGUCCAAGAAAAGACGUGGGCCUUACAAUCACUACAAGUUUGAUGGCAGCGUUAAAUGUCCAAACACAACUUCGUGGCGCCAGAAACAUCAGGCACUGAGUUCAUCUUCUAAUCCUGUUGCUGAGAGAACAGCUAAUGACUCUUUUCUGUCCGAAAUUGAAGAGCCUGUGUAUUCUAAAGUGGAAACUGCUGUCACAGACAUGAUGUCUGAAUUAUUAAAUUGUGAGCCUGACAAAGAAUAUGUUGAUUCAUAUGCUGAUGAUAACUCAGACUCAUCCAGUGAUGAAGAUCAGGAAGAUUUAGAUCAACCUUCAGGAAAUACCGAUACUCAACCUGAAUCAGGGCAGACAUCUGCUUAUGGGAUUGGUUCAUCAGAUUCAGCAACAAGCAAAACCCCUCAGAUUGAUGAUGCCACAUUUAGCAAGCCUAUAUUCGAUGGUGCUCGACUAACAUUGGCUUGCAGCAUGCUAUUAAUUGUCACUUUUGUUAUGCGUCACAAACUUUCUGGUGAAUGUCUGUCAGACCUCUUGACUUUAAUAGAACUGCAUUGUGCAUUACCAAACUUAUUUGCCAAAUCAACGAAGGUUUUCAAGGACUUCUUUAAGAAACAUCCAUUUCCUCUUUGAUUUACCAUUACUACUGUGAAAGCUGUAAGCAUUACAAUGGGAAAAAGUCCGAGUGUUCCCUGUGCUCUGCAAACUUGGACUCCAGUUAUUUUAUACUUAUUCCGGUUAUGCAUCAACUGCAGCAAGUUGUCCAAGAAUGUUUAGAUGACAUCAUAUUGUACAGACAGUCAAGGCUUACAGACACAAGUGAUAAUUUAAGUGAUGUUUUAGACAGUAAACUGUAUAAAGAAAUGUUUAAUGGAAUUUAUGUAAGAGGGUCGAAUGUACCACCAACCAGCAACGAGCUACAUAUUUCAACCCAAAUGAAUACUGAUGGUGUAGCACUGAUCAGAUCAAGUAAAUUAUCUGUGUGGCCUAUCUAUUUGACUAUCAAUGAAAUACCCCCAGGGAAGAGGUACACAAGGAAAUUCAGAAUAUUUGCAGGCCUAUGGUUUGGAGAACACAAGGCAGAUAUGCUAAUAUAUUGUGAACCAUUAAUCAAGGAAUUCCAAAAUCUUUACAAUCAAUGUUUUGAGAUUCUACAUUGUGGGAAGCAACUGCUUGUCAGAACUGUAAUGUUGAGUGGGGUUUUCGAUUCACCUGCUAGAUCCAGUGCACAGGGCUUUCUUCAGUUCAAUGGCUAUAACAGUUGUCCCAACUGCAGCAUACCAGGAGAGAAUUUAAAAGUCAGUGAAAAAGGGCGAGUUACAAUUUUCCCAUUCAACACACUCAGAAUCUGGUCAUCAUAAAUUAAGAACACAUGAAGAAACCUACAAGGAUGCAGUGGAUGCUGAAAAUAAAGCUGUUACUGUUAAUGGUGUAAAAGGUUUGAGCUGGUUGUUCAAGCUACCAGCAUUUAAUGUUAUACGCGGUGUAUCCGUUGAUUAUAUGCAUGCAGUUUUGUUGGGAGUUGCAAAAUCUCUCAUAAACAAAUGGACAGACAAACAAAACAGAUCCCAGCCAUAUUUCAUUGGCUCUGCUGAAAAAAUGAAAGUCAUUAACGAACGUUUGUUAAAUAUUAAAUCUCCAGUAUGCAUUAGUAGACCGGCACGCUCACUCAGUGACUUUGUCCACUGGAAAGCCUCGGAGAUUCGAUCGUUUCUUUUGUUUUACUGUAUUCCAGUUUUAUAUCAUGUUCUUGCGGAUGAAUAUUACGAACAUUUCAUUCUCUUAUCUCAUUCGAUAUUCAUCUUACUCAAGUCUUCAAUUCCACUGGGUGAGAUAGAGAUGGCACGUGUUAUGCUUCUAGAGCUUUGUUGCAAGAUGGACAUUUUAUAUGGUUCACGUAUGGACACAUCCAAUGCACAUUCACUACUACAUUUAGUAGACAAAGUGGUUGAUUUAGGACCACUCUGGUCACAAUCCUGUUUUUUUAUGAAGAUUUAAACGGUGACCUACGUACCAUGUUCCAUGGAACUCAAAACGUUAACUUACAAAUUAUAUAUGCUGUAUCUGUUCAGAUGAAAAUCCCGGAUUUAGCAAACUUGUUAUUGGUCGGAUCGCCAGAAGAUGUUUUUUAUCGGAAACUAGUGAGUUAUAAUAAAAUAAAGAAAACAACAGAAUCGAUCUCAAAUCGUGUUUUGGCAGUUCAUCCUUUGAUAAACAUCGAUUGCAGUAAGUUACCUCAACAAGUGCUACAGAAACUAGACAUGUGAUUUGGAAAUGCAAACAAAUUCAGUAGGGUAUUAUUUCAUGGACGGAUUUUACAUAGUGUAGCUUAUAACGCCUCAUCUUGUCGAAAUAGUCGUUUUGUAUUAUAUGCGAUUUCAAAUGGAAACUAUGGUUUUGGAGAGGUGCAGUACUUCCUCAAAGUUCACUAUGACAAAUAUGACAAAUUUUAUAUGGUUUUAAAACAAUAUCAGGAAUGUCAAACUAUUUGUAAAUCUUAUUCCCAUGUUAGAGUAUUGGAAAAGUCAUCCCAGAACAGUGAACUAGAACUCAUACCAAUUGAAAAUAUAAUGGAUCUUUGUGUAGUAAUGGACACAAAUCAUGCAACUAACAUUUUCAUCACUGUGCUACCAAAUGCUGUAGAAAAAGACUGACAUAGCAUACAGUACAAGAACAUAUUGUUGAUCGCAUAUAUACGCAUAGUUAAAUUCUUAUCGGGUUAUAUAUAUACUGAAAAGGCUUAUGCUUGCUGUGUCUUGAGUAGAACAUAUUGACCUAAUCCUAUAAUGCCCGUACGAGCAGAAAACAAUUUUUAGUUUUCAGUUUUCUAUUGUAAUGUUAUGAUUCAAAUUUGAAAAAGGAAAUUGUCAUAAUUGGCUUUUAAACUAGUGUUAACUUUUUACAUGUGCAGGACUGGACCAUUUGAUUUGUGAAACUUUUCCAUGUGUUUUCUUGGCUUAAUUCCAUUUACAGAUUUCUAGUGUGAAAAAGUAUGACAUGGAGCAAAGAAUUGUUUCGUGAUAUCUGAGGUUGCAUACCCCAAUAGGGACAUGCAGCUUGUAACAAGUUCAGUGUCCCAAAUAUUUUAAUGUGUUGAUUGUUUAAAAUGUUAAAAGAUUGUUUAAAAUGUUAGUUUAUUUGAUACAUGUGUUUACUAUAUGUGUGGUCACAAACCGAAGGAAAAUAAAGU